AUGGCCAAGUUGUCGGGGCUGCUAGCUGUCGUCACAGCCAUGCUGGUUGUCAUGGAGACAAUACGUGUUCAAGGCCUCUCGCAGAAGAAGGAGCUUGAAAGGAAAGGGCAAGGUAGAUGGAGGCAACGAGGCUAUCAAAACGACAAGGCGGGGAAAGGUUCGAGUCCCCGAAACAAACAAAGAGACCAUGGCACUAAUGGCGGGCCUGGUCGAUAUCGAAAGCCUCUCCAUAAUUUCUACGUCUCCUACCCAGACAUGAGCCCGCCUGCAUUUUUCAACUUGCGCUGGAACCGGGAACUUACCAGAGAGCGCCCCUGGUGGCAAGGGCCAAAUGUCUGUGAAGGGGAGGCACAAGAGGUCUACAACUCGACACAGACCAGAGGUGACGUCAUGAGACACUUCAGUACCAACUCCCAAGUCUGUGACGAGUCUGAGACGGUCUACAAGUGCAAGAUCACGCAAGAAAGUGUCAAUGGACGCCGUGAGGUGACAGUUGUUUACGAGUGUUGCCAUGGAUACACGCGGGAGAAGAGAGACUUCGGCUGUCCCAAAAAAGUCAGCAUGUUGGCCCUGCUGGACAAGGCCGAGGAACUUGGUCUCACAGACUUCGUGAAGGCCAUCAAGACUCUAGAACUGACCAGGGAGUUUGACAGUGGCAACUUUACCAUGUUCGCACCACUAAACGGUGCCUUUACACUCGACAGUGGCAUCUUGAACUCUGAAGCUACUGACGUCAUCCUCAAGGAUGACCCUAAUGUGCUGACCCUGUCAGAACCAGCAGUCGACAAGGCUCUGAGGAUUCUACGUAAUGCCCUUCUCAGUCACGUGAUUCCAGGAACCGUCAAGUCCAGUCAGAUGGAGGAUGAACAGGUUCUGGAGACUGGCAACUCAGAGGACACCACCAUCAGGAUUAACUACUUUUCCAGACCAGAGAAGCUCAUGACAGCCAACUGUGUCCCAGUGGUGUCACGUGAUCACAUCGCCACCAACGGAGUCAUUCACUCGGUAGAGAAGAUUCUCAAGCCGGUCACCGAUUCUCUCUGGGACAUCGUCAGGUCAAGGUCAGACCUUAGUACCCUCAGUUCCAUACUGGCCGCUGCAGAUUACGACGCCAAACUUGACCACAGUGGACAACUGACCCUGCUGGCGCCAACCAAUUCCGCUUUCGACAAGAUGAACAAGCGACUCAGAGAGAAGCUCCUGAGCGGGGACAGAGAAUGUCUAGAAAAGGUGAUUCAGAACCAUCUUCUGCCAAACGUGAUCUGCUCUGUGGCAAUUCAGGGACAGGCAAAAACCGCCAACGAGCUUCAUCGAUACAUCAAUGUCACGAGAACAGCGGACAACAAACUUCUGGUGGAUGAAGUCCGGAUUGUCCAGGCAGACAUCGUGGGGACUAAUGGUGUCAUGCAUGUGAUUGAAGAGGUGCUAGUUCCUGACGAAGCUUUCAGUGUCAUUGACCUCAUCAAGAAGGAAGGCUACAACGAAAUGCUCCGACUGAUAGACAAGGCUGGACUGACUAAGACUUUGGAGACUGAAGCCAACAUUACUGUCUUCGUACCAACUAACGAGGCCAUCCAGAACUUGCCUGUGGCUGUCAAAACCAAACUCAGCGAAGACUCAGAACUCUUGCAGGAGGUGAUAAAUUACCACCUGUCACCGGAAAUCCAACAGUGUCGUCGUAUCCAGGACGACCAGCAGGUUCCUACUUUGGCGGGAAAGAAUAUCAGAUUCAACAGUUACUCUAUGUUUCCUUAUCAUCACCACUUUGUGAAAACAGCCCAGUGUGCUCCAAUUGCACAAAUGAAUAUUGACGCCUGCAACGGUCGCAUCAACGUCAUCAAAUCUGUUAUGAUGCCACCUAAAGGCAACGUGCUAGAUGUGCUGGGACUGGACAAGAGGUUUUCUACUUUGGUUUCACUCAUCAAAAAAUCUGGCCUAGCUGACGAUCUACAAGGUCAUGGACCGUUUACUAUAAUUGCACCCAACAAUGAGGCCUUUGAGAAGAUGGGACAGGAUGCUGUGGACUCCAUAGGGAAGGAUCGAAGCAGGCUGCAGAAGCUCGUGAAGGGUCAUAUCGUGGACGGAACGUUGUGCUGUGCUGGAAUAUUCCGUCGUCACUGGUUUGGCCGCUCUCAAGUAGCAACUGUCACCGGCCAUCACCUUCGACUAUCACGUGACCACGACAACCGGCCCAAAAUUGGCAGCGCCCACGUGACCAGAUGUGACGUCACGGCCACCAACGGAAACGUCCUUGAGGUUGACAGGGUUCUAGUGCAGGAGCAGCCCAGACAGCGCUGGAGAGAGCACAAUUACCACUCCUGGGAUAUGUUCGAACCCUAA